UUCGUUCUCCUCUGUCAAACGAAACGACAGUACACACCCAAGCCAGCCGGUGCGUGCAUGUGUAGUUACGCGAGGAAUCAAUCGAGGUAAUUAUACCCCGCGCGCGGCCUAAUCAAAGCCCAAAUUUAAGAGCCAUUGCUGCACGCAACGCAGCACGCCAUACCUUUGCCAUACCCUGCGUCCUCUGUGUUCGUCUUCUCCUCCUCCCGUGGCACCGCAACCGCAGUGGUAGUGCUACAGUGCCAAGCGGCGGGCGGGCGUGCGGGCUUCUCGUGGCCUCGACGCCUCGUGUCGUCUGAUCUGAGCGAGUAGAGCAAGGGGGCGGCAGCACGGAGGGGAUUCCCAUCGCGCGCGGGGGUCGCUGGCUGCUUCCUCGCUCGAAGCGCCGGGCGUCAGGGUUUACCAACAAAACUUUACCCAGCUAUGAUGAAUUAGCCGGAGAAUAAUCGAUGGCGACUGAGGUCGAUCAAACUUUUUUUGCGUGGUCACAAGGAGAAACAACUGACCUGGGUGUUUCUGAAGGAGUUUCUGUAUCCCAGACACUCAAUCAUGGUUCCGUGUCCUUCGGAAGGUUUGAACUCGAGUCACUAUCUUGGGAGAAGUGGUCUGUAUUUAGUAAUGACAAACGCCAUGAAGAGUUUGUUAAGUUCAAUGGUUUAGUAGCUCAGAAGAAGGCAUAUUUUGAAGAGUACUACAAGAAGAUCAGGGAACUCAAGGCUUCACAGCAGCAAAUUCAGCAAACUGAACUUACCUUGGAAUACAGUGGUGAUGGCAGCGAUUCUAGCCAAACGGAAGAUAUGCCGCAUGAAGAGCUUGAAACUCCCACAGGAUCUGGAACAAUUGUGUACGAUUAUGUGGAGGAAGCUGCACAUGAGACCUCAUCUGAACAGGGCAUGCAAUGCUAUCAUGACCAUGAAGAUGAGGACUUCCGGAACGAACUUUCGUCAUCCAAUCUUGUUUCAGAAGUCAGAAUUUCGCAGCAAACCGUCCAGGAUGGUAGUGAAAAUGCUCUUGGUGAUAAUUCAGAUUCGGCCAAUGUUGAAAAUGCAGGUCUUGGUCAUGAAGGUAUUGGAGCAGCUUAUGAAAAUGCAAGGGUUUCUAGAAGAAAUGCCGAGAAAGACCCCAGACUUAGAUAUGCUUCCUUGAUAAUACCAAAAUCGGUUAAAACCGUUGCAGGCAGCACUCUGGACCGCACAUCUGUUACUAAGACGCCUGGUUCAGCAAAACCUAGCAUGACUACAAACCAGAAGACUAAGACGAACAAUGCCCGUAGCUCGAGUGUGGCAUCUCAGAAGAUAACCGGCGCGACACGUACUCGCAGGAUUACAGAAAAAGAAGCUCCCGGGGUUACAGGUGUCAAAAGGCCUUCCUCAGCUGCCGGGCGCGUCACUUCUAUCGGAGAGAAGCAUCCCAUCACCAGGGCAACCGUUAAGAAGCCUGCUGAUGUCUCCACCCCAGGACGCCCUUCCUCUGCCGAAAGACGCCCUGUCACCAGAGAGCGUGCACAGAAGCAAGCCGCUGUCGCCACGCCAUGCCGGCCUUCCACCUCUGAAAGACGCCCCGUUGACAGAGGAAGUGCAGCAAAGCGUUCUGGUGUUGAGGGUACACGUCGGCCCUCUACAGGAGAAAGACGCUCUGUUACCAGGGAUAGUGCGAGAACUCCUAGCAAGACAGCAGGAUCAAGUGUGGCGCAUCCAAAGGUUAUGACAACCACUGUGAGCACUCUCAAAAGGCCAGCCCCUCUGAAUGCUACUACUAAAAGUACCAAGCCAGAGCCAAAAAGCAAUAUCAGAGGAUCGAAAGAUGCUUCAACAGUGUACAGUCACUUAACUAGGCCAGCAAGAAUGGACUUGCAAGUGGCCGGCAAACAAAAAUCAAGCUCGGUAAACUUGCCAGCAAGGAAAAUGCUGAGUUCCAGUGUUGGAGAAGCAACUUUUGCAAGGCUGAAAAAGAAAGAGGGCAUUCCGGCGACAGGGCAAUCUCGAGGAUCCACAUCGAAGAAAACAACUCCUUUGCAGACAGGAAACACCAAGUCCAGGGCACCAAACCCACCGGCACCGCCGCCUCCACCACGUCGUCCGUCGAGAACAACGAGCAAACCAACUGUCAGCGGCUCAUCAGUUGGUGGAAGAAAGCCAAAGGCCUCGACACCACAAUGGCACUGAUGCAAAGGGAGCAUUCAAGCUAGUAGCCUACAUAAACGUGGAUCUGCGGAGCGCCGCACCGUCACACGCGCAUCUAAAAGCACCGCACGGGCUUUGCGUGCUAUCCAAUUCCUUAGUACGAUGUUUCUGCAUAUCGAUCAUUUCCAUCAAGCACCGCACCCUCAUCGAUCUUCGUUCAGUUACAAGAGUAUCUUGUGUAGCUCCUACAUGUCUCAUAAGUCAUAUAUCACCAAUAGUGAAUACGUACUUAGCCUCGUCGUCCAGGGGACUUAGAACAGUGUAUACUGUGUAUAUACAUCAAAUAAGUUAUGUUUUAGAUGAUGUAAGAUAAGAUUAGCCUAAAGGUCGUUAAAGUAAGAAAUGUGGCAUGCCCAGUGAACUUUAUAUGUGGUAUAUACAUAUAAAUUGGUCC